UACAAAAACCUUGAGGCGAUCACCACAUGUGCACCACCACCCAACCCCGCCAUGGACGGCGGAGCAAAGUCAUCGGACAGAUUCCUCAGGGCUCUAUUGGAUCGAUUCGAGAGCCUGGAGGCCAGCCACGAGAAGCUCAAAGAGCAGUUCCAAGUUGUCGUGCACGAGAAGGCAGAGAGGGAGUCGCCGCCAGAUUCCGGCGGCUCGAGGCGGUAUCCUGGCUGGGGCGACAUGCCGGGGGCCUACUUCGCUGAGAGCCCGUACAGGAGAGUGCUGGAGUACAUGGGUCAUGCACUCCACGUCAGCAGAGCUGGCUCCGACGAGAUCAUUUAUUGGAAUUGCGCAGCUGAAAAAUUGUUUGGGUAUAAAGACUAUGAAGUAAUAGGACAGGGAGCGGUUGAACUACUUUUUGAUGAAGAGCAUCAUAAUUUAGUUCUGACAAUCAUGGAGAGAAUGAGAAUUGGAGAAUCAUGGUCAGGGCAACUCCCUCUCAGGAAGCGAUCUGGUCAAAGUUUCAUCGCGCUAGUUACACUGAGCCCACUGUAUGAGGAUGGUGAGAUUGCCGGAAUAGUUACCGUAUCAAGUGAUGCUGCUGUAUUUAAUAAGACAAACUCAGGAAAUAUGAGAACACGUCAAGAUAAGGCUAAUGAACAAUCUAAAUUUCCUAGAAUAAAUUUGAAGAACAUCUCGUGGCAUCAGCGGCCACAAAUAGCAGGAGUGCCCCACCUUGCAUCUUCUGUUUCGAAUUUGGCCUCAAAAGUUUUAUCUCGGACACGAGGGAAUGUUCCCUCCUCCUCUGAUACAUAUAGAAGUGCAAGAGAUGGCGAGGAAGCUGAAGCAGAAAGUCAAGACACAAGAGCCGAUAGACCACCAAGAGCCCCUAUUACUAAGGGUGCUUUCGGGUUACCCGUAGGGAGGAGUAGAAAUGAUGGCUCAUGCUUUGAAAUGGAAAACACAGCAUCUGAACUUUCUCAGCCUUCAAAAAUUUUCGUCUACUGUAAACUGCAGGCAGUAAAAAUCUUAGAGAAGUUUCAGAUAGGAGCAAGCAGCAACUUGGAAAGAGUCAUGGACGAGAGAAUAAAACAAAAUGGUUUUGAAGACAAUUCUGGGGGGAAAGAAGCUGCAAAUGGGACAUGUUCACCAAUAUAUUCGAUGCAAACUGUUUCUAGCCUUCAUGCCAGCAAUAAUGCAGUGGAUGCUAUGAAAGAAACUUCUGAUGUUGCAAAAAGAAAAGAAACAAAUAUGCAUAGGAAUCCAUUCUUUGAUAAUGAGAGUCCCUCGGGAGAAGCAUUUUCAGGUGCAUAUCAGGGAUAUUUUGAAGUUCAAAGACAUGCCGAUCAGUUGCCUGGAACAAGCUUCCAAACUGAUGAGAACAAGUUCGUGGCCAACCUUCCAAAUACAAAGUCGCUAGAUACGGAAGAUGUUGAUCAGGAGCAGUUGGAUCCUCAAAAGAAUCUAGGUUCGGCAGAGAGUUAUGGCAGUGGACAUGGAAGCUCUUCGAGCAAAGGUGAAAAUGAUCUCCCUCUGGUUGGUAGUUCUGCAAUUCAAUGGGAGGAUCUACAGCUCAAAGAGGAAAUUGGGCAAGGUUCUUUUGCAGUUGUGUAUCGUGGAAUCUGGAAUGGAUCGGACGUUGCAGUCAAGGUUUACACUGGUAGUCAGUACGAUGAGACAUUACUUGACUACAAAAAAGAGAUUGAUAUUAUGAGAAGAUUGAGACAUCCAAAUGUAUUGCUAUUCAUGGGAGCAUCGUGCAAGGAGGAAAAAAUUGCCAUUGUCACCGAAUACAUGACCAGGGGGAGUCUCUUUAAAACAUUACAUAGGAGCAACCAAUCGCUGGACAUCAGGCGUCGUCUAAGGAUUGCUCUUGAUGUGGCUAGAGGGAUGAACUAUUUGCAUCACAGAAAUCCACCAAUAGUGCAUAGAGACCUGAAAUCUUCAAACCUUCUAGUUGACAAAAGCUGGAACGUCAAGGUUGGCGACUUCGGCUUAUCAAAGCUGAAACAUUCAACUUUCUUAACAGCAAGAUCUGGAAGAGGCACACCUCAGUGGAUGGCCCCUGAAGUCCUCCGGAAUGAACUUUCAACAGAAAAGUCGGAUGUCUAUAGCUUCGGUGUUGUCCUGUGGGAACUAAUGACCGAACGGAUUCCAUGGAGCGACCUGAAUGCAUUGCAGGUUGUUGGAGUUGUGGGUUUCAUGAAUAGCAGACUAGAUAUUCCAAGUAGUAUCGAUCCCCAAAUAGCGUCCAUCAUAUCGGAAUGUUGGACAAGCAAGUCGGAAGAUCGGCCGUCGUUCAAAGACAUGAUCCCAAAACUGGCAAACUUAUUAGUACAAGCAAGUGGUGGAGGUUUGAAUAGAGCAGGUUCCCAGACUUAAUUUUUUUGAUGUUGCCGUGUCACCGGCUGACCAGAGCAGCACUUGCUCUAACAUGAAAGGAAAAGGAUUUUGAAUGUGCUGUGUUUUAGGUUUUAGAUGCUGCUUUUCCUUCUCUUGUAGUUUGAUAACCACGUUUAAAUAUAAAUACCUCCAACUGUACAUUAUUGAAAUUAUGUUUAUGAGUUCUCAUGAAUGAGGCUAAUAAAGAUAUACUGGGCUUUUUAUCUCCA